CGCCUACGCCCUCCGCGGCCCCGCCCCCCGCGGCCGCCCAGCUCCCCGCAGUUUCUGAGGUUCCUGCGUGAGAAAGUACGAAAAAUGGAGGUUGGCUGUGGCCAGGAGGGUGGCCUGGGGCGCGUUGUGUGCGUGCUUACAGGGGCCUCCCGCGGCUUCGGCCGGGCGCUGGCCCUGCUCCUGGCCCCGCUGCUGUCGCCCGGCUCCAUGCUGGUCCUAAACGCCCGCAACGAUGAGUCGCUGCAGCAGCUGGAGGCCGAGCUGGGCGCCGGGCAGCCCGGCCUACGUGUGGUGCGGGUGCCCGCCGACCUGGGCUCCGAGGCCGGCUUGCAGCGGCUUCUCGGCGCCCUGCGCGAGCUCCCCAGGCCCGAUGGGCUGCAGCGGGUGCUGCUGAUCAACAAUGCGGGCACUCUUGUGUCCAAAGGCUUCGUGGACCUGGCUGACCCAGAUGAAAUGAACAGCUACUGGGCUCUGAACUUGACCUCUAUGCUCUGCCUGACUUCCAGUAUCCUGAAGGCCUUCCCGGACAGUCCUGGCCUCAGCAGGACGGUGGUUAACAUCUCAUCCCUCUGUGCUCUGCAGCCCUUCAAGGGCUGGACACUGUAUUGCGCAGGGAAGGCUGCCCGUAACAUGAUGUUCCAAGUCCUGGCCACAGAGGAACCGAGUGUGAGGGUACUGAGCUAUGCUCCAGGAAAGCCUCGAAGGCAGGGACUGUGUUUCAUGAAGUGUCCCACUGAGUCAAUCUGAGAAAAUAUUAGUCGAAUGAAGAACAGACAGACGUCGUUGAAUCCUGAAUUGUGCUGGAAGGUUGUGGAGGGAGGUGCUGGGGUAAAUAAGAUAGGGCUCCUGUGCUCACAGAAGUUAAAGUGUAGGGGGUCUUGUGACACUUUGUCUAGUUUCUCAUCACCUGAGAUGCCACUAUGCCUUUCUUAAGUGAGGCGUCUAUCCUAGGCUCGAGGUUGCUGGAAUUAGAAGGUUGUAACAUAGCUGUUGUGUAAUGUCUGAGCAACUUAGAUAGAGAUCCAGUAGUCUAUUCCCCUUGGCACCCUGGGGUCAAAGAGAUAGAAUGACCUGACCAAAACCCAGCUGUUGCAGAGCCAGGAUCAAAAUUUGCCUCCGGCUCAUGAUCAAUGCCAUUUCUACUUCCUCAUGCUCUCCAGUACCAAGUCUCCGCUCCCUGACACAUACACAGUUAUUCUUCCAGCCAGCAUUCAACUCAGCACCCACUCUGAGCUCAACCUAGGAUUCAAUCAACAGUGAGCAAUAAAAACCAUAGCCUAGAGUGGAGCAGACUCCAAAAUGCCUUGUGACUGGGUUAGAUCUUAGGAGACUGACUGCCUGAGAAUUAUAAGGAAGUUGACCUUUUUUUGUGGCCACCAAGGCCUGGAUGAAGGCUGAGGCCAGUCAGGUUUUCAUUUCAGUCUCUGGGAGAAUGUUCUAACAGGUGUCCAAAGGGAGAAUGUGCUGUUUGGAAAGGUAGCAGUACCCGCUUACCAGGGUGCACAGCUACUUGAAAAACUCAAAGAUCAGGAGGCCAGUUCUCUCUCCAACCCUGAGAUUCCUUAUUUUCUGCCCCUGAGGCCCAUUAACUCCAAAUUCUGGGGUGCUGUGAUUCCUAUAUUAAACAUAGAGUGCCUGUAAGAGUUCUCUCACAUCUCCUCAAGGAGGCGCUAGUUGGGCAGAAGAUGAUAUUCUUGGUUGUAAAUGCGGUUGUGUAGAGGGACCGUGUUCAGUGGGCGUUGGAAUUCGAGUGAGUCUGGAGCUCAAUAGUGACAGAGUGGAGCCUUUGGUGACCCUGACCUCACAUGUCAGCCAAGAUGAGGUGUUGCCUCUAGCCAGACAUGACUCCACCCCGCUUCACACACAGCAGGGCCCCUGCCUCAGCUGUGCCCCCUCAUCGUCUGCUCUUCAUC